CGAUGUCUCGCACAGCGGAGGACGAGGAGGAAAGAGAACGAUCUGCACGAGUGUAGACCGAGUCGACUCGUUUCUGACACGGACGAACCUGACCGAGUCUUCUCUUCUUCUCUAUUGUUUUUUAUCUCGCUCUCUCUCUUGUUUACCAUAAAUCGGAGUUAGAUGGGAGGAGGAGAUGUGUGUAAGGUGAUGGGAGGUUGCUCAUUAGCCUACCGGCGUUGCGAGCAGAGGCUCAGGCAGCUUGCUGUGGCGAGGAACACUAGGUUUCUUCUAUAUUGUUGCAUCGCUCUCGCUCUGAUCACGCUCGCUUUCCGAUCCUCGCCGCCUUCGUUCAUCGGUUUCACCAACCGCUCCGCCGCCUCCGCCAUAGAUCGCCUCGCCAGAUCACGGAAAGGUUACACGCUUCUAAUGAACACAUGGAAGAGAUAUGAUCUCUUGAAGAAGUCUCUUUCCCAUUAUGCAUCAUGUUCCAGGCUCGAUUCUGUCCACAUUGUGUGGAGUGAACCUAACCCUCCAUCUGAUACUCUCAAAAAGUACCUCAAACACAUCGUAAAAACGAAAUCCCAAGAUGGGAAGGAAGUUGAGUUGAGAUUUGAUAUUAACAAAGAAGACAGUUUGAACAACAGAUUUAAAGAAAUUAAAGACUUGAAGACGGAGGCUGUCUUCUCGAUUGACGAUGAUGUCAUAUUUUCAUGCUCCACGGUAGAUUUUGCUUAUAACGUCUGGGAGAGUGCUCCAGAUUCAAUGGUGGGUUUUGUGCCUCGUGUUCAUUGGCCUGAAAAAUCGAAUGACAAAGGGGACUACUACACGUACAGCGGGUGGUGGUCUGUUUGGUGGACUGGUACAUAUAGCAUGGUACUUUCAAAGGCAGCCUUCUUCCACAAGAAGUACCUCAAUCUUUACACGAAUGAAAUGUCAGCAUCAAUCAGGGAAUUCAUAACCAAGAAUAGGAACUGUGAAGACAUUGCGAUGUCAUUCCUCGUCGCAAAUGCUACAAAUGCUCCUCCCAUAUGGGUUAAAGGUAAGAUAUAUGAGAUAGGGUCGACAGGAAUAAGCAGCAUAGGAGGGCAUACGGAGAAGAGAACGCGAUGUGUGAACAGGUUUGUGGCAGAGUACGGGAGAAUGCCGUUAGUGUACUCUUCCAUGAAGGCAGUUGAUAGCCGUAGCCUUUGGUUCUGGUGACACUCUCUCCUCCUCCUCGUCAGGUUAAUGUGAAUCACUCCCAAUUCUUUUAACGGGGGUUCUCGGAGUGAAACAAUCUCUAAGCCAAUGCCCGGUUUAGUUGAAUGUGGGAAGUGGUGCACGGGUACCCUUUUUGCCAAAUCUAGAGAAAAUUAUGGUUUAUCUUCCCAGAGAGAGAGAGAGAGAGAGAGAGAGAGAGAGAGAUGGGUGGAGUUGAUUAGAGAUGGGAAGCUGAUUUGUUCUUGCAGCCGACAAAUUUGUAGUUCAACGCUGUACCGGUGAAAUCGUUGUAGUGUAAUGAAUAGAGAUGAUGAUGACGAUCUUCUUCAUGGGACUCUUGUAUCGUAUAUGCAAAAUCCAGCCCUCUUUUUCCA